AUGACAUCGUCCACACCGUGGUUGAGCCGGCAGGACAUUUGGUUGCCACACGAAAUAGCUGGGAUUGAUUCCAGGUUCAUGCUGGUCCUCGUCUGCCUCAUCUUCAGCGUCCUCUCCACCAUAGAAGAGUACGGAACCUUCGCCAACGCCACUCUCUUCUGGAUGGAGAUCUGCCUGGUGGUGUUCUUCGGCGCCGAGUACCUGGUGAGGCUGUGGUCUGCCGGCUGCCGGUCCAAGUACAUGGGCUUCUGCGGCCGCCUGCGCUUCAUCCGGAAGCCCAUCUGCAUCAUCGACCUGAUCGUGGUGGUGGCGUCGAUCGUGGUGCUGUCGGUGGGCUCCAACGGGCAGGUGUUCGCCACGUCGGCGAUCCGCGGCAUACGCUUCCUGCAAAUCCUGCGGAUGCUGCACGUCGACCGCCAGGGAGGCACCUGGCGGCUGCUCGGCUCCGUCGUCUUCAUCCAUCGCCAGGAGCUGAUCACGACGCUGUACAUCGGCUUCCUGGGUCUCAUCUUCAGCAGCUAUUUUGUGUAUCUGGCUGAGAAAGACGCCGAAAAUGAAACAGACUUCAGCAGUUACGCAGACGCGCUGUGGUGGGGUGUGAUUACUGUCACGACCAUCGGAUACGGAGACACCGUGCCCAAGACUUGGAUGGGCAAGAUCGUCGCCUCGUGCUUCAGCGUCUUCGCUAUUUCUUUUUUCGCCUUGCCAGCGGGCAUCCUGGGCUCCGGGUUCGCGCUCAAGGUGCAGCAGAAGCAGCGGCAGAAGCACUUCAACCGGCAGAUCCCGGCGGCCGCCAUGCUCAUCCAGUGCCUGUGGCGGUGCUACGCCGCCGACAAGUCGUUCAACAGCCAGGCCACCUGGAAGAUCUACGUCAAGGACACGGGCCAGCCCAGCCAGAGCUCGUCCGCGCCGCUGGGAAAGUCUCUUAUCCUCCAGGUAGCGAAGAAGGCAAGCGUCCUCAAGCGCAGGAAAUCGAAGAACCGCAUGGAGGUUCCCAGCAACGCACUCGAAGGGAGCACGAGGCGUGACAGUGAGGGCGACGUUGUUUUCUACAUAGAAGAACCGAAAGCAGGAACGCCAAACCGUGUGAGAAGGGAAGGUCGUGGGUCACUUUUCACAAGCCAGACAAGUAGCGUCACAGAGGCAGCAUCAGAUGAAAUAGACAUUGAUAUAGAUGAGCCUCAGAGAGUAACUACGUUAACUGAGGCACACCGUAAUGCAAUAAGAGCAAUACGAAAGAUAAAAUACUUUGUUGCUAGAAGGAAAUUCCAGCAAGCACGGAAACCAUAUGAUGUUCGUGAUGUCAUAGAACAGUACAGCCAAGGGCAUCUCAACAUGAUGGUGCGCAUAAAGGAACUACAGAGGAGAUUAGACCAGACACUUGGAAAACCAGGCAGUUACUUGGCUGGAAUUGAUCGAUGUGGCAAUGUGAAACCCAUGACAAUAGGAGCACGGCUUUACCGUGUUGAACAGCAGUUAUGUGUGAUGGAGAAGAAGCUUGACCAGUUAGUAUACGUCCUCAAUGCUGUUGCACAGAAGCAGCAGAUUCCACUUCGGUCUGUUGAAGAUGAAGUCUAGCAACGGUGAGCCCAGCUGUGGGGCACUACAGCUAUUUUUAUCACCACAGCGAUUAUCUUGUGAGACAUUUUUGUUAUUCAACUACUCUUCUUUUAGGAUUGAAUUUCAGACAGUUUUUGUCCUUUCCCGUGAUGUGUGAUGUGUAAAUAAAAUGAAAUUCCACUGGACAGUGAUUGACAAAAAUGCAGUGUUUUAAGUGACUGGAGUGCUCCAUUAACUUUUACCAUUAUACAGUAUUUGAUUCCAUUUUAGUGAGAUGAGACUUCAGAUAGCAUUUUUAUAUUUUUUAAAUACAUAUACAUACAUCUAUUGUUAAAAUUGCAUUAGCUUUCUGAUAGACUGAUUGUCAAGUGUGUUUACAAGUGCCUGGUUGUCAGUAUAGCUGUUACAAAAAUGUACCAUUUGCACAAAGAUUUAGAUAUAAAAUUGUAAUAGUACUUAAUAGACCUUUUAAUUCCAAUAUUAAUAUUGCAGGAUUAAUCACCAUUCUAACUUGACCAUGAUAUUUAUAACACUUCUAACUGAAAGAAAUUAGUAAUAGAGAUACAUGCAAUAACAAUCAGUCUAUCAGUGAAUUUAAAUUUAGGUAAUAGUAGGGUAAAAUGGCACUAACUUGAUGCCUAUAUAGAUGAGCAGCACUUGCUUGUGCAAUAUUUAGAAUAUCACUUUGAAAACUAGGCAAGUUUUCAUUGAUUCAUCAGGCAUAAUGUAACACAAGAGGUUCGGGAAGAUGAUUUGAACAUUCAUGUGCAAACCACAAGUUACUCUCCAUGUUACUUCUUAUUUUUUGCAGUUCAGUGAAAUAUAAAGUUUCUUUUCACCCUUUUUUUUUCAGUUUGGAACCUCUUCCAAAUUUUUACCUUGAUGAGAUUUACUUCUGCUUGUUGUUUUUUGAAAGACUGCAAGUAACAACAUUGUUACAGUAGUUGUCAGUAAGUAAGGAAGCAUGGACUAAUUGGGCCACAGUUUGUAUGACAUGAACUUAAUCUUUUUUUACUUUAAAGCCUGCUGUUUCUUAUGAUGUUUUGUUCAAGAUAAUUGUUAAAGUAGUGUUACAUUACGGGAUGAAAUGUUUUUGUUGAAAUGCUCUGUGAAUAUUGGAAUUAAAGAAAACUUCAAACAAAAAUUCUCUUCACAUGGGCACAGCUAUCUAAAGAUCCAGCGAGUUGAAAACUUUACAGGCUAGCUAUGCCUGAUAAAUGCUUUUGAAUAAGAUUCAGUGUGUUGUUUUCCAAAGAUAAAACAGUUUAAUUCAGCUCUGACAACUCGUAAGAAUUAAAUACCCACUCAUUCUGGACACAAUGGCCCAGUUUCCACUUGGGAACAGAUAUCUUGUGCUUCCUUGCAUGUUACGAUAACUAUCCUGGUUUGAUAUUACUCUUUAUAUAACUAAGUUAUGUCUAAUUAACUCAUUAUUGUUAGUUGGUUAAAGAGUAACAAGGUGAAAGUGACAUAUCACUUUUAAGAAACACUACAAGUAUCAGCACCAUCUUAUCCUACUUUUACCAUAUCUUUGCAUGAAUGUAAUAUAGAAAAUUCUACGAGACAGAGUUUACCACAAUAUAAGAGUUCAUCCCAUACAACUUAUAUAGCAAAUUGUACAUGAAAUUACACAUAAAGUGAAAUGAAUUUUGUAAUGUAACAUACUUUUAUCUCAGAAGUGGCAUCAUGUUGAGCAUACAGCCAGUCCUUUUGGAUGACCAUUACAUAAUGCAAAUUGUGUGUCACUCUGUGACUAUGUGAAGCAACUUGAUGUUGAAAACUCUUCAGUGGAUGUACAUGUUGUGUGUCAAGAGGAAAAAGCUACCAAAGUCAUUUAUUUCUGUGGAAUACUGAAAAUGGCAUACAUUUCAUUAAUACAGUGGUGCUGUUUUUCCAUAAUCAAUAUUUGUUUUCAAAAUCCCAGUUAAAACUACAUUGAUCUAACACUGUAUUAUUCCAGUGGUUGAAAAAAAAAAGAAAAAAAAACCCGUGCCAUAACUAUGUUUGAAGAUAAAUUACUAUGCUGUUAUGUGUUGUACAACAUGUUCAUUAAUUACUUCACAAAAUAACAAAACUGAUGUAUACACAGUUAUAUCACAAGCAUUACAACACAAAGAAAUAGAAUUACUAUAAAAAUCAUAAUAAUAUGUAGCAUGGCAGUUAAGAAAUAAGUAAGCCCCGGGUAGAGAAAUUUGAAUUGCAGUUACGGAUUCAGUAAGAAAAUAAAGAAAGCAGUAGAAAAGAAAUUUUGCUUAAUCCUCUAUUAUUAGAAUGUGAGAGAUGUGCAUGAAGAGUUAUACUGCAUUCGAUUACCUGUUGUGGUUUUACAAUCCGCUUUUGCUUCUGCCUUCUUUUCUACUUCUUAUUGUUCUUUAGCAAUAGUGGAAAUUCAUGGAUGGAACAAUACAUAAAAUCAGGAAGAGGCAACCACUCACCUAUAGCAGACUGAUGUAUGACACUUAGACAUAAGAAACAGAAGACAGAGUUAAUUAGCUUUGAAUCUCUGGCUCCUUUUCUAGAGGAAGUCAUACAUUCAUUCACACAACAAUAUAAACACCCAGUUGCAUGCCAUCAUGGCCACAGUGACACUGAUUGUUGAUUAUCUCAACUAUUGAUGUUGAUGAUCUUCUUGAUCAUUAUAUUUUUCCACACUGUUGCCCAUUUUCAGUUUAUAUGCCUUUGCGUUUAAUGUUUAUUCUUCUGGAACCAGAACUUCCUCUUUUCUCUGUUGCUAGUAACUUCACAGAUUUUAAAUUAAAUAAAAUUAAAUAAAUAAAAUAUGAAAAAUAAACACAUGAAAGGAUGAAUUUAGAAAAAAAACUUAACAUUAAUGAAAAAGGGGGAGAGGAGUGUCACUAGGUACUUUUCUUCAUUGAAGUUUUGGAGAUGAAUUUUUACAUCUGAAAUUUCUGGUGUUGGAAAGAACAUUACAAUUUUUAUAAAUAGUAAAGCAGAGAUAAGGCCUCAGCUUUUGUACUGAAGAAUGUGUUCAUCACCAGAGAACUCAGUGUUACUAGUAUAAAUUAUAUGUUUGUGAUUUCAUCCCAGGAUCACUAUAAUUGCUUAAUGCUCAACGUUUAAUGUAAGCAUGAAGAGCACUACUCUUUUCUUGAGGAUAGACAGAAAUAUAGAGAGAGUCAAUAGUGAUAUAACCCAAUACUCUGUUGCAAAACAUAGUUAGCAACUAAAUAAUCAUGACCUUGACCUCCAUUUCAUCACUUAAGAAAUUAAUUUCUUACAAACCAGCAUUUCUGAACUUGGUGUAUGGGAACUUUACUGCACGUAUCUUUUCCUUAAUAUUACAUUUAUGUCAGCAAAUUUUAAUCAUUCAUUCACACAACUCACAUGCUCCUCUCUCACCAGCACCAUCCCUACAUUAUUUUUCUGCCAACCCUCUCAUGACUCUAUCACAGCCAUAGUUUUUCAUUUACUUUCAAUUUUCUGCUCUUUGUCGAGUAUAUUUCAUUUGAUUAACUGUUUCAAGGCCAUACUUUGUUCCUCUGCUUCUUUUUAUUUAUUGCUUUCCUUUUUUACCAUAUCUGUCCAUCUAUUUUAGGUUCACCUUUCCCUUAUCUCUAACUUGCCCAUUGCCCUCACUUCUGCUUCUUAUGUUUCAAGUUUUCAAAUUACAUCUGAUUGUCUAUUUACCUCUUUUCAAUCGUCCUCUGUCUCCAUUUUCUAUAACGUAGACAGUUUUCCAUACUUAUCUGUGUUUAGUCUCAGUUGACAUAUCCAUUUCAUUGUUUUGCAAAAUGAAGGGACACAUUAUUCCAAAAGGUAUUAUUUGUUCUGAGCAUCUGUGUGUGCCUGAUGUUGCUGCUGUUACUGUUUCAGUUUGUGAUGAUAUUUCUGCUUAUAUUUCAUUGCAGUUUCUCCUUGGUGAUAGUUUUCCUUAUAGAUAGAAGCUACUAUUCAGUUGAUUCUGCUGUAAAAUACUCAUGAAUAAAAUUUUUUUGGCUUGUCUAAAUUGUUAUAGACUGUUUAAGACACUAUUUUCAUGUUGAAUCAUAACUUCUUUCUCAACUUGAGAUGUAUGAGUCUGAAGAUCAGCAAGAAACCAUUUUGAACCACUUUCUUAUUAUAAAAAUUAUUUAUCAUGCAGUAACAACUUGUUCUUAAUAGGUUAAUUAUUUUCUUUAUUUUAAAUUCAGUUUUAUCAUUUUUAAACAUUUAUAUUUGUGUUGUGACAAAAUAUACCUUAUCCCAACUGUCUGCUUGUAGUUGUUGUAUAUACACACUAUAUCACUUGUACUUUCAGAUUUAAACUGCUGAACUAAUUCCAGAUCACUCAGAUUUAGAACCUGGAUAAUAUUAUUUUGUGAUGUUUGGUUUUCUUAUUGAUUUUUUGGAGCAUUAAAUUCCAGUAAUCAUUCCUUCAGUGGUUAAUACUUUCAAACUGUUUUUGCCAACUCUUUCAUGCUACAGACUACUCUGAAAGCUACAGUCAGGAAAUACUGAAAUAUUCAUAAUGAUAUGCAGUUUAGAGAAAAAUAUUUUAAUGAAACAGUAUGUUAUAGCUAACUGACUAUAAUUUCAAAACCAGCAAAAUUUGAAUGGUCAUUACAGACUAGUCAAAUAUAAUAGAUAAUAGAUAAUAUUUAAAAAUUUGGAACUUUUUGAACAUAUUAUUGCUGUUAAAGUUCAAAUUUUCCAAACAGUUUCUGUAAACUGUCAUCAUAAUCUUACGUUUUACAUCUUCAGAUCAAUAUCAUGUUUCACAGCUCAUAUUUUACAAGCAGGGAAAGUCAGUGGGUUGAAAUUAAUAGCAUUACAAAAGACAAUUAAAGCAGCUAUAGUGAGUACAUUCUUUUCUGUAUCACUGACGUGUGUGAUGAGAGUACAAAACUGAAAUUAAAUUAAGCUACUUGGAAGGAACCCUUUCUUUUUAAGAGUGAUGGAAUACAGAAUCUCUGACUUCAUGCCUUCAUCAUUAUAGAUAAAAAUAAUUAAUAUAUGGUAAUUAUAUAAUUAUGUCACAGCCACUGGGAUAAUCAGUCAGCAACAACAAAAAUACCUUCAUAAUUCAAACUGAAAAACAGUAAGUGAUGUCACAGAAAAUUCCAAAAGGGCUCUAUGUGUGCUCUGAUGCAAGUAACACAAAUUUUUAUAAAUUUCAGAUUGUAAGUUCCUCAUGAUAAUUGUUUCAUAGUAUGUAUAAGUGCAUUGAAUUCAUUGUUGGCAUCUGUGUUCAGAACUUUGCUGGUAUAGGGCACAAAUACUUUUCCACUAAUGCAGAACAUAUGGUAAAAGUGUUAUGUAAAGAUUGUUGAUGAAAAGAUUCAGAAAUAUGCUGUAAUCUGACUUCUCGUAAAGAUAAAAUGUUUUUAUAGAUAUUCAGUCUGUCUUUGUAGAACCUCUUGUUUGUAGGCAUAAAAUAUAUCCCAACAGGAAAUUUUUUGUAAUUCAUAAUUUUUUUAACCAUUACUCUGCAGCUAAUUCUUAUGUUUUAAGUAUUGAAUCCUGAUGUGUUAAUUAAAUUUCUCUCCAUCGUUCAACUCCCAUGAGUUCCAGAUCAUUAUUAGACAUUUAGUAUAAAAAGUUAUGCCUACAGCUAUUUUAAGACUCUUAUCACAUUAUAAACUAAAUAUGAUGAAAAAUAAUAAAAAUUGUUACAAUGAUUAGGAUGUAAUGGAAUUUGCGGGUCAAAUUUACCAGUUUCAUAUUGUAAGCUAAUAUUUAGAAAUAUAAAGUAGCCAAUAACAGAUUCGUCUCUUGGCGUGACUACAUAGUUUCACAGUCUCAUGAUUCAGUAGUGUAAUUUAUAACAUGAAAAAGCAACUAUUAUUAUCAUUACAGCAAAGUUUUUUUCCAUUCGCUUAGGGCCAUUAUUCCAUCACAGAAAGCAGCAAGUGUCUGAAUGAAAUAGUUGUUACUAAAUAUGUAUAGCAUUAUGAGCGUCUAGUUUACUUCAUUUUGUUAGCUGUAAUAAUGCUACAAAAUGACCAAAUAAUUUCACUGCUGGAACACAGCUUGACACUGAAAGCUCGUCUGUUUAUUCAGAUGCCUUUUCCACCAUCAAGGAAAUGAUGCUGCACUAGAAUGGGAAUAACUGUGUGUGAUAAUUAAGUGCUGGGAUCAAUAUUUGUGAUGCACAAUACUUUAUUACAUUUUGAGAAUGACAAUGGUAUUUUUAAUUUUUAAUUGGAACACUUACCAGUCAAUACUUUAUACAUGAAUCUGAUGUCAGAUAGCAACAGGACAGUUCCUUCCAAUUAACCAACUUCUAACUAGUUGGAGAAUUUUAAAUUGAAAGUAAAAAAUCUAUUUUUGUCCAUUUAUGUAAAAUGUUUUAUUAAUUUUUCAGUUUUUAGAAAUGCAUCAGUUCAAAGAAAUAUAUCACAGAUGAGAACAGUUCCAAUUUUUUUUAGAUAUUCCUACCUGAAUACUGCUAAAACAACAAACUACUAACAUAAAUCUUGAAAAAUUUUACAACCUAUUAUAUCACUGGAAUUCUCACUUAUUAUUAAUCAUUUGACCAUUUGGUACCCCCUUUUUAAUUUAUAAAUGCAUUUUUAAACCAAUGACUGCAUCAUGGAAACAAAGUGACUGCAUUUUCCUCAUUGUUUUCAUCAGGUGGAUUCAUAUUUAUCAGUCACUGUGGUUGAUGCCAGCUAUGUCUUGCAUUCUAAAAUGGUAAAAUUAAGUGAAAUACAUCUCAAUAUAUGCCAUAGUAGUUUACUACUUCUGUAAACAUCAGUGCAUCUUUAUACAUAGCAAAUGCAGCUUUGAGAAAAACAAUGCUUAGAUAGGGUCAUCACUGAGAUCUUGCACUUGGAUGCUCAUAACAUUUGAUUCAUCACUUGCGAGAAGCGUGUAUUACCUUAAUACAAUAAACAAAUACUAUCAAAGUUUUUCUCCCAUCUACUGUCAGGUUCCACUCUCUUUAAUAGAUCUUUUGAUACAGUAUUAUUUGCUAACUUGUUUGCCUGUCUUUUUUUUUUUUUUUUGUGAAUGCUUGGAACACAAACCACAAUUAAUUGUUUGCUUGAACUACUGACCAUUCUUAGAGCAAUAAGUAAUUUGAAGCUGGCCUAAUCUCCCACAAAGGAGUAACUAUUGAAGGAGAGAAAAUUUUUUGAGAAUGUGGAUCAGAUUAAAAAUGUGUAUUGAAAUUUGUUGUUGCAGAUGACACACUGCAGAAAAAUAAAUCUCUUAACUGCAAAAUGUAUGAGUUUUAUUUAACUCUGGCAAGAAGAUUGCCUGAAGUGUAAAUAUAAGUUACUAGAAAUUGCUGUUAUUUAUUCUUGUGACUGUUAAUAUACUCGUUAAGCUGUAAGGAUAUGAGAAUCUAUGAAAACUUCUUCCAUUUUAUUUUGAUUAAAAAGUAAAAGAGCUUUUUAAAAGAUUACACAAAUAUAACAUUAUUUAUUGAAUGUUAAAGGCAUUGAUAGACAUGUGCAGCAUCACUGAGUAACCAAUAAAUGAAAUUGUUCAUUGUUGGAUCCUGGUAUUAUACAUUGUAAUGACUUUUUCUUGACUUUUUAGAGAUUGCCUCAUCUGUGCCUAUAAAUACUGUAGUAUAUGAAUCUAUAGUGUAUUUUCCAUACCUGUGAUUAAUGAUAUCUAUCUGCCAUGCAGAAUUUGUAUAUAAUUAUAUAAAUCUAAGCAUUGUUGUAAACAAUUUUCAGAGAGAGUAAGUAAGCUCAGUUUGUAAAUAAUAAGCAUAACUGUAUUUACUUAAUAUAGUUAUAUCAUUCAGAGUUGGUUAAUAUAAGUUAAUGGACAUUGUGUAAACAGUGUACUGUAAAUAGCUACUAUUUGCAGCUGCCAUGUUUUAUUGAUAGUGUUUGUCACACAUAAAUUUUAGCUUCUUGUGAUAUGCACAAAGUCAGUCUUAUACUGAACAUUUAUGGAGAGUGUGGAAGAUCGGUUUUAAAACUGUGUAAAGGCAAAAUUUAUUUUUACAGUAGAUGAUGUACUUGAAAGAGCAAGUGCUUUAUACAGUAAGAGUUUGUAUUUCCUGAAAUACAUUGAUAAUAAUACAUAUCAGGCACAUAUGUUUUUGUAACGAGAUUCUGAAAUCUCUUGGAAGCCUGUAUUAAAACUUUAUGGCCCCAGAUUUUCAUGAUUUUACUUGCGGGUUCUCUAGAGCUAUUAGUAAUAUAAUUCUUAUGCCUCCAAAAUCAAUAACUGUACAAUGUUAUUUUUCUGCAUCUUGGUAAUACAGUGAAUUUAACUAUCAAUACUUCACAUAAGAAAUAAAUGCUGCUGUUUUCAAAUCUUCCAUGAUAAAACCAGUAGUAUAAUUGGAUAACCAUUGGCCACAAAUACAUUUCAGUAUCAUACUUUAGAUUCCACUUAAGCACAGUGUCUGACUCAUAAAGGAAUAACUCGACUGUAGUGUAUAUGGGACAGAUAUGGAAAACACUCUUGUUGAAAAAUGUCUAGCACUAAGAAAAUUGGCAAAAUAUAGUACCAUAAAUUCAAGGAUAGUAACAACAAACAAAAAUCUGUAACAAUAACCACUUACCAACAGAUAACUGAUGCACUGCACAUAGAAAGAGACAGCAUAGAACUUUUGUAGCUUUUGAGUUACUGCUUAUUUUCUAGUUUCAGUACACACCUCCUAUAAGAGCUCAGUAGCUAGUAAUGUGUCUGUGCUGUAACAUGUUUCUGUGUGCAAUUCAUCAAUUAGCUACUGGUGAGUGGUCACCCAAAAUGUUUUUGUUUGUAAUUUUCUGCUUAAUUUUUUUUUAUUAUUUUUUUUUUUACAUGCAAUAUAUUAUUUAGUGGUUUCACAUAUCAAAUCAGUUGACAAACAUAUAGCUGUUCAGUGAAGACUUCUAAGGGAAAGCAAUGGAAAAUAUUCAAUCAUUAGUUCAACUAACAAAAACAUAAGUUUAUAACAGGAGCAUUACUUUAACAGAAAAAAUUAUGGAAGUAACACAGGAUUCAUACAUUCAAAAAGAGACAAUUUCAGUGGUGAUCUCAAUUUCCCUCUUCUUCUAUUAUGUAUUCCACAAAAAAAUUUAAUAGAAAUUGUUAUUUUUUUAAAUAUUGUUUUUAAGGAUUACAAUGUAUUUCAUUGCAAUAACCUGAAAAACAAUUAACUGUUCCCAACAAAUGAUCAGCCAACAUGUUUAACAGUUAAGAAAGGGUUGAUAAGUAGCUGAAUAUUAAAAGAAAUUGUAGAAACUGUAACUAACAAAAGAAAUAGAAGAAAUGGUGUGAAUACAAUAAAACUAUAUACACCAUACAACAAUUAUAGCAAACCUCAAAAGACUUCAUUUAUGUAUCCGAGAAUUGAACAAGAAAAUGCUAGAAAAUGAAAUCUAUAUGAGUGAAACAAAAUUACAGAACAAAAACAUUGAGAAUGUAGAACACUACACUGAAUGAUAAAAGAAUAUCUGUACUUUCCAAUCAGUAUUUUUAAUUUGGGUAAUUCAACUUUCUGCUGUUUCCUCCAAAAGAGUGUCCCUUCAUGACCAUUCUCGUACUAAUAUUUGCUCUCCAUACAUUCUUUUCACCAUGUGUUUCUUGGUUAUAAGAUGAUUAAUCAUUUUUACUUCACUCUAGCUUAACCAUGCAAGGCCCUUCUUUUAUGCUGACAUACAUGUUCCUUGACAAUUAAUUAAUAGGUGAUACAAAGAUGGAGUAAUUUCAUGAGAGUUAGUGUUUUCAUUUAUAUGCCAUUGACUGAAAAAUAGCAUACAGUAAUAAGUUGCAAUUAUCAUAGACAGUAAAUAGGCCAAAAAGAUUUUAAGAUCUGGGAGGGAGACUACUAAACAUUACAUACCAGUUAUAGUAAAAAUACUGGAUGACUGUAAUUUUGUAAAUAUGGGCAUUACAGUGGGGUCUACAAGGUCCACUAAAAACUGUAGAGAGCAGCAUGCAUUUUGAGUCAUGCUGCUAUGACUGAAGUUCAUAUAUAUCUAGUUGGAGAAGAGUUUGUUGUUUGAGAUUUAUGGGUGAAACAACACUGCAAUUCUACAACACUACUAACAGAUUUUUGUAGAACUAAGGCACAUAAAAAUAGCCACAACUGAAUCUGUUUAUUAAAGCAGAUGAAUUGAAUUCUGUAUAGCACACUUAAAUUAACUAUAGAAUAUUCCAUAUGGUAUACUGGCUUGUCAUCGGAAAUAUUUCCCUGUUUUGUAAAGGAAAUGUGUAAACUAUUAUCAUGCAUAAGAUUUAAUUUCCAAUCAAAUCAGUCAGCUUCCAGGGGGUACAAAUAUAAUAAGGAGUAUAAUAAAAUUUAAGUCUUGCAUACAUUAAACUGCAGCUGUACAGAGCUGUCAGUAACAUAGAAAUAUCUACAGAUAUGUAAAAGCAGUUUAAAAAAGAAAAAUCUUAUCAAAGAAAUGGUUAGAUCUCUUUGCAUAUUUCUAUAAACGGAAGUACAGAUGUUCAUUUAAAAAGGAAUAAAUCUUUACAAAGGAAUUUGUAAACUUCAUAGAUUGUUGUUGUUGGUAUGCUGGUAGAACUGAAGAAAAAGUAUGCCAAGUUGACUACAAAUAAUAGAGGACAAACCUUUGAGUGUCAACCAAUUGUGCUGAAUGAAACAUCAAAUUGUCAGUGAAACAGCAAUUGCCCAAAGAACAAAAACAGACACCACCAGGCAAUACAUCAAGAAGUGGGCAUGAAAGUCUGAAUGAAUACAAAGUGUAAUACAUAAAAAGAGCAAUGACAAAAAUAUUAAAUGAAUUUUCCAUUAUAAAAGUUGCCAUUAGAUACCCAAUAUUACUUGCAAUGCCUGAGUUUCUUGUAGCAAAUAUUAGAUGCUUUAGAACAUGUGAAGUAGUACUAAAAUUAGCAUGUGCAAAGAAAGUUCGUAUGCUCAUGAACGAACCUAUUGAAGCAAGUGGAUAAAAUAUACUCAGAAGUUGGUAAACAUGUUUUGGUCCUUGAGGCAGAUUAUUCAGAUACUUUAAAAUGGAGAAGAGUAGUAACUACAGCAACAAUAAUUGGAAUGUGUUAUAUAGACAGAUGGAUCUAGAUAUUGCAAUUCUUCGAUUGGGUUAUGUGAAUAGCAUGUUGAAGUCUGAGAAUAGGCUAAUGCUGGCAAUUAGCAGAUUGCCUUUCAUUGUAAGGAAAAAUAAAUCCAAGUAUCAGAAUGGACUAAAUAAAAAAUCUCAUUAAAUGGGUUUUGCUAGAAUAAUAUAUUAUGUAGACUGAUGGCUGACUUAAGAAAGUUGUAAUUUUGUUUCGAACCAUGGAAAGGAGUGGAGUACCAUGUGGAUACUUUGCAAGAUGGUAGUAGUGUAAAACAAGUAAUGAUUUCCUACUUUUGGACAUCAAGAAAAUUACUGAGACAAAGAGUGUGUUCCAUUAUCUGUAGCUACAGGCAAAUGAAAAGAAAUGAAAAUCAUGAAGUACAACAGAGAUGAAUACACUCCAUCAUGUGAAGGGUGCAUGACAUUUUAUGCAAAAUGUCUGACUUAUUGUUGUGCAUUAAGGAGUUAUAUCCGAAUUGGCCAAGAAAAGAGUCUAAGCUCAGUCAUUUUAAGGACAGGCAAAAUUAAAUUAGUGUUUAAUCCCGAAGUCUGCUUGUAAAUCACCCCAGUAAAAAUGACACUUUUGCUACUAAUAGUUAUAUAAAUUAUGCCCACCUGGAGUCACAAUAACUACUCAUAAUACUAAACUGACUGUGGUUUGAGAUAAACAGAUGAUACUAGUGCAUCAUUUUCAGACAUCACUGAAAUUUUUAUCUUUCCAACAAUACAUUUGCUAGAAACAACCAUAAUUUCUGCCUCCCUCUUCUGUUAUAAAUAAAUUCCUGGUAUAAUUUUCACAUACACAGAAGACAGUGUAGUACUUGUCCAUUAUUUACUUUAUCAUGACAACAUGCUGUUAGUAUGUCCUCUAAACUACCUAAAAAUCCAAAAUUUAGCUUCAUGAUCUCACUUCAAUACAGUUUUUGCUCUACAUAAUUUUUGAAAGCAAACAUCUGAAAUUAUUAAAUUGAGGAAAAUAGGAUUGUGGAAAAUCAAGAAACUGAGAGACUGUUUGUAGGUGCAAACAUUUUAUUUAAUCCUUAGUGCAUCCUAAUCUGAAAAGAAUCAGAAAUUAAGUAAUUAUAACUCAGAUCAUUACUUUUAGAACUACGUCAGGGUUGUUUUUCUCUCCUUCUUUUUAACAUGUAAUCUUUCUUAAAAAUUACUUUUAGUUGCCAAGAUAAUUAAAAACCUACAAACAUUCUUAAUCCAUCACAGAGUAACAUGUAUGACAUCUGAAGAUGUUUCUUUACUCAAAUAUUGAGAUUACAUGUAAGAGGGGCCAUAAAAUUUAUAAUAAAUCUUCAGUAUUAAUAAUCAUUGCAAAUGCUGAACAUUUACCUUCAAGUUACUGUGCUAUUUACUCCUGUCUCUACUAUACGCUUACUAGGACAGUAAAUAUUAUAUAUUACUAUUAUCAAUUUAAAAAAGACCUUUCCUACCAUUGAUCAUAUCACCAUAGAUGCCUAUAAAUCUCACCAACAUAUUUUUACUUUAAUGAUUUGAAGACAGCUGUUCCAUUUCCAUUUUUAAAUACUGUGUAUAUGUAAGUAUGUUUACUAUGAUACAAACUGUAUUGGAUAUGGGUCUUGGAAAUAAUUACUUUUGUAGAGAAAAUAAGUGAACUCUAUCAUUCUGUACCUUUUUCUCUGAAAUAUGAAUGUGGAUGAAUGAUGUUGAAACAUAUUUUGGGAAAAGUAAAUGGAGACAUGACUCGUUUUAAUUUCUAAUGUGUUACUAUAUAGCAAAAAUAAAGUAUUUUGACUUACUACAA